AUGGCUCCAGUAAAGUUAUAUCACUUUCCCUUAAGUGCACCUUCUCGAGGUGCGUAUUUGGCUGCCAAAGCGAUUGGGCUUUCUAUUGAUAUCGAAAUUGUAGAUUUAUUCAAGAAAGAACAGCUCAAAGAAAGUUUUAUCAAACUAAAUCCGCAACACUGUGUACCUACAUUAGAUGAUGACGGUUUUAUUUUAUGGGAAAGUCGAGCUAUUGCGUGUUAUUUAUCCGACAAGUACGGAAAAGACGAUUCUUUAUAUCCAAAAGACUUAAAACGUCGUGCCGUAGUGAACCAGAGGCUGUAUUUUGAUAGUUCAUUCCUGUAUGUGAAGAUAAGAGCGAUAUGCUAUCCCAUACUUUUUCAAGGUGUCACAGAAAUUGCAAAAGUGUUAAAAGAUGACUUAAAUACUACUCUUGGAUUUCUUGAUAAAUUUUUGGAUAACUCUAAGUGGGUAGCAGGUGAUAAUUGUACAAUUGCAGACACCUCUAUUUAUGCAUCUCUGUCUUCAAUACUGGCAGUAGGUUGGGACAUAUCUACAUUCCCAAAUAUCCAAAGAUGGUUAAAAGAAUGUGAACAGCUACCUGGUUAUGAAGAAAGUACUGAAGGGGCUAAGCUAUUUGGAGAAGCUGUAAGGAAAAACCUCAAACAAAAAUAA